AUGAAUCCGAAGCUACCAACCAAGGUGUUUACUACUUGCCCCAUCAAUACUUGCCCGUUCUACGCCCAUCAAAUUCAACAACCAAAAUCCGAGUACCUAGUUUCCAAUGCGUCAGCAAAGGCAGCCCCCGCUGAAAAGUCGUUGAACGACGAUCUACGAGUCGAAGCAACACUACAGAGUGAUAUAUUUGGCAUCUUAUUACGGUUCCGCAAACAUCAGGUCGUACUCACUGCUGACAUCUCGAAAAUGUAUCGGCAGAUACGGAUUGCACCGGAGCGCACGCGCUUUCAACGAAUUUUCUGGAGAACAAAUCCGGAAGAGUCUCUUCGUGUCAUGGAACUCACAACAGUAACCUAUGGGAAAGCCGCAGCCCCAUAUUUUGCGACUAGAUGUCUAUUCCAGCCCUGUGAUGAUGAAUUAAAGGCAACUGCAAAUAUCUGA